GUGGGGAAACGUCUAGACUGGACUGACCAGACGCACGGCACAUCUGGAUUUACACUUAGACCAGAGGACUCCUGCUCCAGCCAACAAGCUCCAAAAUGGACAUAAUCACCAACUCUACAGACAUGACAGGAAGGAACAGUACCAAUACCAGCCACUGCCCAUUCGCUGAGGAGUGGGACUGGCUCCACACCAUGCAACCGGGCUACAUCCUGGCCAUCAGUGUCCUGGGGAUUCUAGGUAACGUCUUUGUCCUGUUGGUCUUUUGCCUGCAUAAGAAGGCCUGCACUGUAGCAGAGAUCUACCUGAGUAACCUGGCCGCCGCUGACCUGCUCCUGGUCUCCUGCCUCCCCUUCUGGGCCGUCAACGUGGCCAACGGCUUCAACUGGCCCUUCGGCCCCCUGCUGUGUCGCCUGGUCAACGUGGGCAUCAAGAUGAAUGCCUACUGCAGUAUCUACUUCCUGGUUCUGGUCAGUGUGGACCGCUAUGUGGCGCUAGUGCAUACGAUGAGCCACGGGAGGAUGAGGAGGCCCUCCUACGCCAAGCUGGGCUGUUUGUUAGUGUGGGGCUUCGGGCUGCUCCUGGGCACCCCGACCAUGCUCUUCAGAGCGGUGAAGUGGGUUCCAGACUUCGAGGUGACAGCCUGCUUUCUGGACUACCCCAGUCCCAAGAUGGAGCUGGUGUUCAACGUGACGCUCAUCGUGUUUGGGUUUGCCAUCCCUGUGUCGGUGAUCUCCUACUGCACCUGUCAGAUCAUCCAAGCCCUGAAGACCCAGGCCAUGGAGAGAUUCAACAAGGAGCACACGGAGAGGAAGGCCACUUUGCUGGUGCUGUCUGUUCUCCUGGCCUUCCUACUCUGCUGGGUGCCAUUCCACCUGGUCACCGCUCUGGAUGUCCUCCUGAGGGCAGCGGACAUCUCAGGCUGCAACCUCAGCAACAGUCUGGAUAUCUGCAACCAGGUGUUUACCUACCUGGCCUUCUUCAACAGCGUGCUCAACCCAGUCCUCUACGUGAUUGUGGGGAAGAACUUCAGGAAGAAAGUAAUGGAGGUGUUCGAACAGUUGUCUAUGAGGAAGAAAAUGGCCACUGGGUCACAACGAUCACAGCUGUCUUCCACGCUCAAAACGCUGGCUUGAGCUUAAGGCACUAAAAGGGUACUAGUUAUAUUACUUUUAUCUCUAUGAUAGAAUUUGACACUUCAGCACCCCCGCCCUCAGUUGACUGCAUUUUAUACUAAUAACCGUAAUAGUAUCAAUGUGCUUUAACUUAAAAGCCAUGCAUAAGUUUAGAAUGUAUUUAUCAGUAAUGUGUUAUUUAGGAGGGCUGUUUCUUCUAAUUCAGUGCAAUAUAUAUGAAUAUUGUUUUCUGUGAAAUAAGCUGUGUAAAUAGAAUCUACCGAUUGUGUUCUAGAAAGGAGUCAGAAUUGACUAGUAAUGUAUAUAGAACAGUUGUCAACUUUGUGUUACUUUUGAGAACAUUAUUGAAGUAAAAAACUAACCAUGGCUGUCUUGUGGAAUCAUUUGAAAUGCAUGUCAAUGUCAGACAACC